UUAGCAGGAAUGAGACAAAUGCAGUGAAUACAAGAGAGGAUUUUCUCUUACAGUGACAGAUUAAUAUGGGUUUCACGUGAAGUUGAAUCGGAGCACAUGACACGGAAGUCACGUUAACGUUAUCUGCACAUUCUAAACGUUCCUCGUGACAAAUGUCAUCAGUCGUUCAUACAAACGCCCAUCUAAACAUGCUAACACACAAUCUGCUGUUCACCAUCUCCUGCUUGCUCGGGUGCUCUGCUGAGUUUUAUGUUAUAGAUGAUCGGAUUGGAUUAGGGAGAGAAUUUGAUGGAAUAGGUGGAUUAAGUGGAGGAGGAGCCACUUCACGACUUCUUGUCAACUAUGAAGAACCGUAUCGGAGUCAUAUACUGGAUUUCUUGUUCAAGCCCAACUUUGGAGCUUCAUUGCACAUCCUAAAAGUAGAAAUAGGAGGCGAUGCUCAAACCACAGAUGGCACAGAACCCUCUCACAUGCACAGUAAGGAUGAAGGCAAUUUUUUCCGUGGAUAUGAGUGGUGGCUUAUGAAAGAAGCCAAGAAGAGAAAUCCAAACAUCAAGCUGAUUGGUCUUCCCUGGGCAUUUCCGGGAUGGGUUGGAGAAGGAACCCAAUGGCCUUACUUCUUUCCAAAUGUUACUGCCGACUAUGUUGUUACAUGGAUCUACGGAGCAAAGCAGCAUCAUAACCUUGAAAUUGAUUAUAUUGGGAUAUGGAAUGAAAAAAAAUAUGAUCCAGUAUACAUCAAGGUGCUGAGAGAUACUUUGGACCGAGUUGGUUAUACAAAUGUCGGCAUCAUUGCUGCAGAUGGAGACUGGUCCAUUGCAGCUGCCAUGCUGGAGGAUCCAUAUCUGAAUGAUGCUGUUGAGGUGAUAGGUGUCCACUACCCAGGCACCAAAACAGUGAAGGAAGCUCUGUUAACAGAGAAGAAGCUUUGGUCCUCUGAAGAUUACAGCACCUUCGAUGACGACAUCGGUGCCGGAUGCUGGGCUCGUAUCUUAAACCAGAACUACGUGAACGGCAGAAUGACCUCGACUAUAUCCUGGAAUUUGAUAGCAAGUUACUAUGAGAAUCUGUCCUUUGGUGGAGAUGGGCUGAUGACAGCUGAUGAGCCCUGGAGUGGACAUUAUGUAGUGGAAUCUCCAAUAUGGAUGACUGCACACACUACUCAAUUUACACAGCCAGGCUGGUUUUAUCUGCAGACUGUUGGGAAUCUCACUCAUGGAGGAAGUUAUGUGGCUUUAACAGACCGUAAAGGGAACCUCACAGUUGUUAUUCAAACCAUGACACACAAUCACUCUCAAUGCAUUCGACCUCCUCUACCGCACUUUGACGUCUCCCCUCAGAUAGCCACAUUUCAGCUCAAAGGUUCUUUUGCACAUCUCACUGACCUUCAAGUGUGGUACUCAAAAUUGGAUUUUGAGACCAAAAAAGAUACACUGUUUCAGCGGAGCAGUCCUAUUAAGGUCUAUAAUGGUUCAUUCACUUUAAAACUAGAUGUCGAUGAGGUUUACACAAUCACAACAGUCAACACUGGACAAAGAGGGGCCUACCCAGAGCCCCCCAAAUCCCGUCCAUUUCCAAAGAAUUACACUGAUGACUUCACUAUCGAUAACCCUCCAUUCUCUGAGGCCCCAUAUUUUGCUGAUCAAACCGGUGUGUUUGAGUACUUCAGAAAUAGCACAGAUAAUGGUUCGCAUGCCUUUACCUUACGGCAGGUGGUCACCGAACGGCCGGUCACCUGGGCUAGAGAUGCCGACCAGACCAUCAGCAUCAUAGGGGACUACAGCUGGACAGACCUCAAUGUGUCCUGUGACGUCCUAAUUGAAACUCCCGUCACUGGAGGCGUGUUCCUGGCGGCCCGGAUUGAUCAAGGUGGAGAGUCCGUCAGAGAAGCAAAGGGUGUCUUUUAUUGGAUUUAUGCAAAUGGGACCUAUAAAGUGACAAAUGAUAUAGGUGGACAGAGAGUUCUUGCUGAAGGGCUGUCAGGAACAAGGGAAGGUGUAUGGUAUACCUUAACCCUUAGAGUCAAGGGAUAUUUUGCCACCGGGAUGCUGAAUGGCUAUCCGCUGUGGAAGAACGCUGUUGUUCUUGAACCCAAGAAUGGCUGGACUGCACUAGGAACUCUCUCUUUUGAAUAUGCACAGUUUGAUAAUUUUGAAGUGAAUGCAGAAUAAUAUCUGCCUACUUCACAUCAAUCAUGUUUACAUGAUCAUUAGAUUACACACUUUUGCUGCUUACACACCUUUCAAUCGUUUCCUAAUGUCUUUUUUAAUGCAAAAAAAAACAUACUGUGAUGGAUGUCUUAUUUAAUUUAAUUUGAUGAUUGGUCUUUUUUACUGAUUUUAUUUUAUUUUUUUACUUUCUCUUUGGGGUUUAUGAUUAAGGAGUGUAAGUGUGAAGUGUUUAUCUUCUUCAAAAAGGGAUGCUUUGUGCCAAUUACUGUAACUGGGCUGUUUGUGAAAGAAGUGUAUGAAAGACAAACUACCAGUUUGGACAUAUUUGAUGGAGUUAAUGUUUUAUAUGAAAUUGUUUAAUAAUAAACAGAACUAAAAUUGUGGGAAAUAUUGAAUGAAUAGAAAUGACUUCUUCAAUACUGUUUAAGUGCAUAGAGACAUUGAUUUUUCAAAAAGUAUCUUCAACCUAAGACUGCAAAUAUCAUGCAUAACUUAAAAAAAAAAAAGAUGACUGAUUCUUAAUGAUCUUUAAUCAUGAAUGAGCAUUUAUCAUGUAACAAGCACAUACCUGCUCAGUGCUGACUUCCCCUAUUUCUGAAAUAAAAGCUUACAUGCAA